GGCGGUGGGGGGGGUUUCUUUUUUUUAUUUAGCAACAAAAAAUACAUAAAGUGUUCGUGUUAAAUACAUUUAUGUGAAUACUAUACAUACUAGCUGAGGUCUCGUUGUUAACACUAUGGACAGGGAGGCGUACCGCAACUGCUGCAGCCUGGUGAAAAUACCAAGGCUGUCCUAUGAACAGUUCUGCUCUUCACAUUUCGUAGAUUACAUCGACAGAGAGCUGAGCUAUUCCAAGUUUUUCAAGAAAUACUUGCUUCCCAAUCACCCAUGUAUGUUCUCCAGAAGGUUUACAGAGGACUGGAAGUGUAGGAGACAAUGGGUGUCUGAGGAGGGGAAGCCUGAUUUCCAGAAACUGCUGCAGGAGUUUGAUGAGACUCCUGUUCCUGUUGCAAACUGCAAUGCAAAGGAGUACAAUGCAAACCCUAAACAAGUAAUGCCUUUCAAAGAGUUUAUACAAUACUGGAAGGAUUACAUCCAGAAUGGCCAUUCAUCACCUAAAGGAUGUCUUUAUCUUAAAGACUGGCACAUGGCAAGGGACUUUCCAGAGCAUAAUGUUUACACCACACCAGUCUUCUUUUCUUCUGACUGGCUUAAUGAAUACUGGGAUACACUUGAAGUGGAUGACUACCGAUUUGUCUACAUGGGACCUAAGGGCUCAUGGACCCCGUUCCACGCAGAUGUGUUCCGCUCCUACAGCUGGUCUGCAAACAUCUGUGGCAGGAAGAAAUGGCUCCUGUAUCCUCCAGGUCAGGAGGAGUUUUUACGCGACACUCACGGCAACCUCCCUUAUGAUGUAACAUCAGCUGAUCUUCGAGACAGAGGUCUUUUUCCACACUCUGAAGAAGCCUGUCAACCUCUUGAAAUUAUUCAAGAGGCAGGUGAAAUCAUUUUCGUGCCCAGCGGCUGGCAUCAUCAAGUUUAUAAUCUGGAGGACACCAUAUCUAUUAAUCAUAACUGGCUGAAUGGCUGCAACGUAGACAUCAUGUGGCAGUUCCUUCAGAACGAGCUAUCGUCUGUUCAAAAGGAGAUAGAUGAGUGGAGAAACACGAUGGACUCGUGGCAUCAGCACUGCCAGGUUAUUAUGAAGGCCUGCUCUGGUAUUAAUUAUGCAGAAUUUGCUUCGUUCCUGAAAAUCAUUGCCGACAACCGAAUGACUUUCCUGAAUGCUUGUUCCUCUGGGGAGUCCUCUGAUUACCCGCGGCAUCUCUCAGAGACCCUCACCACACUUGGACCUUACCAUGCUGCCUUCGACCUACAGAGAGUGGCUUACGUAAUUGAAUGUCUACUCUGCAAUGAAGACUUUAAGCGGCUGGAUCAUUCGACUUUGACUUUGCAGCCAGAAACCAUGUUGCAGCAUAUUCGGGACACCAUACAGUCCACAAGGGGGCAGCAUCUCCUUUAUCAGGAAUAAGAUGUUGGGUGGUGUCUCAGCAAUGUUCUCAUCGUCUCAGUGCCAAUUUCUACAGUGCCAAUAAGAUGAUGAUACAUAUGUUACCACACCUUUGGUUUGAGAUUAAUUAUAAUCUCAAAUGUUGCUUUUGAAUGUCUGAAAUUUGUUUUGCACUGAAAGAU